AAUUUACAUACCAAAAGUUCAGUAACAAAUUUAUACUUGGGCAGUGUUUACAAUGAACUCGAAUAAAGUGGCGUUACUUCUUUUGAUAGCAGCAAUUAAGUCCCAGAAAACAUCAGGAGAACUUUCCGAUUCAACCUCUAGAAUAACCACCCCAUCUGGUAUCGAAAUAACCCAACAAACUGUUACACUAUCAACAUCGCUUUCAGUAGAGAGCAUUUCAAACAAUUUUAAUUAUGUAACAGAUCCGACUUCCACGAAAACAACAGAAAAACUAUUCAACUCAGCAAAAUCUCCUUCGGCAAAUACAAAAGCAACAGCAGAACUACUUUCCAGAUCAGAAGAUUUCAACGAGGACUUCAUUCACUUCGUUCUGACAGCCAUUAGAAGAUCUCAGACGAAACAAAUCUCUCCAAGUAAUGAACAAAAAGCUGCAACCAUCAUAAAGAAAUUGAUAAGCUUAAUACCUAGGCAUCAGGGGACUGAACCUUCUAUCAAAAAUACUUCACCAGUAACAAAUACGAAUUUAAAUCAACUAGGAGUUAGAUCACAUCACCCGUCUUCCGCUGUCAUGCCAAGAUCGAAAAUAUAUAAGGCAAAUCGAAUAACAUAUCGGAACAAUUUCAAAGAACUUUCAAAAAACGAAGAUAACGAUGCAACUACACAAUAUGCAAUAAAAGAUAAUAAACAUGAACUGAACGAAUAUGAAUCAUAUGGGACAAAACAUCCAGCACUAAUAAAAGUGACAACUAUGCCUCAAAAGAAAUCAGUGCCAUUCAGAAGCAGUGGCCACAAUACCAGAAGGCUAAACGAAGAAUUUGUUCAUAAGCCGCUUACUAGUCAAUCAACAGGUAUUAAGUACAGUUUUACCUCCGAUAUUCAAGAUGAAAUCAAUGGAAAUCUUCAUAAAAGACAGGAAUCCCGGGAAGGUAACAAAGUAAGCGGAAGUUACACUUACGAAGAUGGUUACUUCCGGAGGACAGUAUACUACAUCGCUGAUGAAAAAGGAUACAGAGUGAUUAGAGAGGAUGUUAAGGAAAUUGGCGAUGGUCCUUUAUAUAAUCCUGAAGGUUCAGCCAAGUUUCACGCAAAUAUCGCUGGAAAAAAAGUGGAUUACCAAAUUACUACCAGGGACAUUAUGAGAAUGCCAGAAUUAAAUUACCAUCAAGAUUAUAAUCCUGGAUAUGAUUGGAGUUAUUGAUAAUUUGAGAUUCUUGAGUAAUAUUGUGUUUUUUUGUUUUGCAAAAAGAUAUAAAGUGUUUUCUAUAAAAA